UAGGAAGUAAAAAAAAAAGUGCCGUAUGGGAGAAUAUAACGACUGAAACGCUUAACAAUUUUUCUUUUUAGGGGUAAAAAAAGCUUAAAAUUUUAACACCUUACGAAAUAGCAAAGCUUGCAAGGAAGAUAAGAGUCGGGGAGGAUAUGGCUUGCAAGGAACACAAUUUAUGUUUCAAGUCACGCGAUAUUUUGCUUACAUUAGUGAUUAGACCAAUCAAAAAGCCAUAUUGUUUUAUUCCUGUUAACUGCAAUAUAUCAGCCAAACACGCGAACUAGGCCGCGUUCGCGUUGAUAAAUAACGUUAAGUCUCAGCUUAUAAUCGUUAUCAUACAGCAAAUUAUACCAAAAGUUGAUAAUUUUUGUGUAUAAGAAGAUCAAAGUUGGAGUUUUUUCAUAAUACGGAUGAGAAACAAGGUAGGAUCAUACAAUAUGCGCGGUUUGAUCGAGCUUCUUCAACUCUGUAGAUCGAAAACACAAAACGUAUUGGUGAAAAAUGCUGUUUUUGCUACAUCUAGGCCAAGAAUUGGAGAUAAUAAUAAUGGUUUAUCCAAGAUGCAAUUAGCUGAUCGAGCGAGAUUUGUUCAUGAAGAUGAUGCCGCUACUUCUGGUACAACGGGAAGUGAUGGGAUCCCAACGCCGGCUCGACCGCCAUCUCCAACUCGUCCACCAUCGCCAGCUGGCCGCGUCCCAUGGAUAAAAAUGGUUUUUGGCUCUGUGUUUUCUCUACUCCUAGCAUUUUGGGCACCUAAAUGGACAACUUUACUAAGAAUAGGAGGGGAGGCGGAAGUGGUGCUGAAAGAAGUGGAACAAACGGCGGAAAUAGUGGAAAAAGUGGCAACUGUGGUGGAGAAGCUAUCAGAAGACGUGGCCAAUCAUCUUCCAGAUGAUAACAAGUUUAAGAAAACUGUUUUGGUUGUUGAGCAUAUUUCCCAAGAGGCAGCUAAAGAUGCAUACAUAGCCGAAAAUUUAAUACACAAGGUGGAAGUGGUGAAGCAAGAUCUUGAAGAUGUAGGAGAAACAGUUGAGCCCAUUAAUGAAAAGAUUGUACGUGAUGUCAAGUCUAGUGAAGGUGUUAGCAACAAUAAUUUGUAGAAUAUGCUAACAAAGUAACAAGGGAAUGUAAUAGCAGCACGGGAUAAUAAUUAAAUGAAAUCCCCGUUGCUCUUUAGACUUUGGACACAAUGUUUAUAAUUGGUUGAUAGUAAUAUUUUGCUAUAUCAACUGUAUGAUAAGUUAAAUAUUUUUUUUUUCCUUAGAUAAAUUAUGGUUUUACUUUGA